AUGGCACGGAACUGGCCAAUUAUGAACCUCAAAAGCUGCUUAAUUAGUCUACUCUUUGGGAUUUCAUUGCUAGGUGGAGUCUACAGUCGGAUAGUGUCAGUUCCUGUUGGUCCAUUGAUACGAGUGGAGGGCCAGCCCAUUUCCAUUCGCUGUGACGUUACGGACUAUGGAGGACCGGACGAGCAGGACUUCGAGUGGGUGAUGACGCGAGCCCAAACUGACUCUCAGAUUAAGAUCAUCUCAACCUUCGAUAAUUCGUACUCACACGCCUCGCUCACGCGGAGAGUGGCGUCCGGAGAGAUCUCCAUGAACCGCCUCAAGGACAACGAGGUGGAGCUGAAGAUCUCCGACGUCAAACAGAUCGACUCCGGGUUCUACACCUGCCAAACGCCCAGCACCGACUCGGAGAUCAGGGGGAACUACGAGGCCAGGGUUCAGCUCAUCGUGAUCCCCAACACUCUGAAGGUGUCCCCGACAGCCCCGUCCCCGUUGGUCUCGGAGAGCGGCGACAUCGUCCUCUCAUGCAACGUGACGCGGGAGCUCACCCAGCCCACCUACCUGUCCGUCACCUGGUCCAUCCGCAAGUCCAAGACCCUGGAGACAGAGGAAAUCCUGUCGUUCGGGCCCCAGGGAGAGGUUACCACAGGGCCCAAGUACACGCGCCGCUAUUCUGACGGCAGCGUGCGCCUGGUCCCAGGGAGGAACGGCGUUUUUGAGCUGGUCAUCGCCAAAGUCACCACCUCUGACGACGGCACGUACGGGUGCACCGGGACGGAGUGGGCACACGAGAGCAGCGGCCAGUGGCUCCAGAUCGUGGAGAGCACCAAGGAGAUGGGGCCAGUCGCUGUGACGCCCAUCAUUAGUGACAAUUCGGACCAGUGA